AGUUAACAAGAAAUGAUGAUCAAGGCAUUUCCUCUCUCUCCCUCGUUACUCAAAUCAUCAUCUUCCAUUGUUCUCUGGGUUUUGUGAUGCGAUGCACUUAGCAUCUUCCUCUUCCUUCUACUCGUCUCCGGCGAAGAAUCUCUUGGCAAUGUUCUUGAAAGCUCGAGCUUUUUCAGUAACCACACAGAAUCCUCCUGAUCUCUUCUCUCUUCUUCAUCAUUCCCAAAACGCUAAGCAUCUACGUCAUCUCCAUGCUCAUCUUCUUCGUACCUCUCUCUACUCCAACGUUGUGCUCAGCUCCAAGCUCGUUCUCGCUUACUCCAAGCUGAAUCAUCUCGUUCCUACUUCGCUUUCUGUCUUCUGGCACAUGCCUUGUCGCAACAUUUUCUCUUGGAAUAUAAUCAUCGGCGAGUUCUCUAGAUCAGGUUUUGCUUCCAAGUCAAUUGAUUUGUUUCUUCGUAUGUGGCGUGAGUCUAGCGUUAGGCCUGAUGAUUUUACGCUUCCUCUUGUUCUACGAGCUUGCUCUGCUUCUCGGGAAGCGAAAUUUGGAGAUUUGAUUCAUGUUCUGUGUUUGAAACUUGGGUUUAACGCAAGUUUGUUUGUUAGUUCGGCUUUAGUGAUUAUGUAUGUUGAUUUGGGGGAAAUUUUACAUGCACGUAAGUUGUUCGAUGAUAUGCCUGUGAGAGACUCUGUUCUUUAUACUGCUAUGUUUGGUGGGUAUGUUCAGCAAGGAGAAGCUAUGUUGGGUUUAGCUGUGUUCAGAGAAAUGAUGUAUUCUGGAUUUUCGCUGGAUUCAGUGGUAAUGGUGAGUUUACUUAUGGCUUGUGGACAACUUGGAGCGUUGACGCAUGGGAAGAGUGUCCAUGGAUGGUGUAUCCGAAGAUGUUCUUGCUUCGGUUUGAAUCUAGGCAAUGCUAUAACAGAUAUGUAUGUCAAGUGCUCAAAACUGGCCUAUGCGCAAACGGUAUUUGUAAAUAUGCCUAGACGAGAUGUGAUCUCUUGGAGCUCUCUUAUUUUGGGGUAUGGCUUGGAUGGAAAAGUGGUAAUGGCUAUAAAACUCUUUGAUGAGAUGCUCGGGGAAGGGAUUGAACCCAAUUCUGUCACUUUUCUUGGUGUCUUAUCAGCCUGUGCCCAUGGCGGUCUUGUCGAAAAGUCUUGGCUGUAUCUUAGACUAAUGCAGGGAUAUAAAAUAGUUCCUGAGUUGAAACAUUAUGCUAGUGUGGCGGAUUGUAUGUCUCGAGCAGGUCUUCUGGAGGAAGCAGAGAAGUUUCUGGAAGAUAUGCCCGUGGAACCUGAUGAGGCUGUUUUGGGUGCGGUGUUGAGUGGGUGCAAGGUGUAUGGGAAUGUAGAAGUAGGGGAAAGAGUGGCGAGGAAGCUGAUUCAACUUGAGCCGAGAAAAGGUAGCUACUAUGUAACGUUGGCCGGUCUAUAUUCAGCUGCAGGUCGGUUUGACGAAGCUGAGAGUCUGAGGCAGUUGAUGAAGGAGAAGCAGAUUUCUAAGGUUCCCGGGUGUAGCUCAAUAUGAAAGAUGGGAUGCAGAUUUCAGCGUUAUCUGGUUGUACAUG